ACCGGACCAGCUCUUGCCGGCGCGAAGCUGCAAAUAAUAGUCGCUGCGGUGUCUCAUGCUUGUCUUGUCUCUUUCCUGUUGCAGGGCGCGGGCGGGGCCGGGCACCCCGUGCUGUACGAGCUCAGCAGCAAGUACGGCCUCCGCACGGAGCAAGUGCCCGAGUCGGAGCUGCCCAACAUGCUGGAGGACCUCAAGGAGCACAUCCGGCGCGAGAUCCGCAAGGAGCUCAAGAUCAAGGAGGGCGCCGAGAAGCUGCGCGAGGUGGCGGCCGACCGCCGCUCGGUGGCGGCCAUCGUCAAGGCGGCCAACGGGCGGCUGUGCGAGCUGCAGGCCGAGCUGCACGAGCUGGAGGGCCAGAUCAUCCUGACGCAGGGCCUGGGCCAGGUGCAGGUGCAGUCGUACGGCCUGCCCUAUGGACAGCCCACGCUGCUGCAGACGCCCGCGACCCCGCCUAGCUCGCACCACAACGGCAGAGGUAAGUGUCUCAGUACAGUCCGACUCGGGGUGAAUCAGCCGCACUUGGCCACAGGGCAGGCGGGCGGGCGCUCCAGAGUGGUGGGUUUUCGUCUCGAUAAGCGGUUUGGCGGUGAGGUGUCGCGCCCCCGGCGCCCCGCCCGCCAGCGCACCGUCUUUGCGCUGGUCAGGGUCGAGGCCGCGGGGCGGUGAGGCGGCGGUGGUGUC